AUGACUAGCCUUGCCACAGAAGAGGCAAAGCUGCCCCAGAACAAUGGGGACAGUGAUUAUGGCUCAGACUUCUCACCUGAAGAAUUCGAGAUAGUAGAAAGAUUGUUAUCACCAGUACAUUUAUGUCGUGAAGCAACCGAGAUUGAGGAUAAUCCUAUAGUGAAUAAUAUCGAGUAUCAUGAAUCAGAAUGCACUCUUCGCCUCCCUCGAGUUAUUGGCAAGGAGCAGAUAUCGCCUCUGCUCCGGGCCAUUCGUGAUGCAGAGAGGGUUGCUGGGCAAAUCAAUAAUUCAGUCGCGAAACGCGAGCACUAUUCGGACUUGAGCAAUCGAUUACCCGAACCGGUGUCAGUUACGGCCGACGCAAUACCCAUAACAGAAUUUGAGGCAAAGCCUGCAGAAUCCGCAGAGCCCGCGCCUCCCGACUCACGAUCGCCCCUCGAACGAUUUCGUACCGCACCGAAGAAGCCCCUCUCGGUGACAGAUCUCGUGUCGCCAGCAUGGUGCGAGCUACAGUACUGGUAUACAUUGACGAAAGGCAAGAGGAAACGAACAUCAGCUAUGAAGCAAGGUAGUGCUGUACACCAAGUUUUGGAAGAUCAGGUACAUAGGACUAUUCGAAUCGAUAUUCAAACGAAGGAAGAUGCCUGGGGCCUACGAAUUUGGAAUGUGAUACAAGGGCUACGAACACUACGAGAAACGGGACGAACGAGGGAACUGGAAAUAUGGGGUACUAUUGAUGGAUUGGUUGUCAAUGGAGUUGUUGAUGAGUUGAGCUACAUCUGUCCGGAUUCUGAAUUAGAAGAAUCGCUACAGAAGAAGACUGAAAAGGAGAAGGAUUUGCCACCUGCAAAUCAAACGUCUAUUUCUAAUCUCUUUAAAGGUAAAGCAGUGGAUGGUUCAUCCUUUGCCGAUGCGAAACGGACAAGAGGACGGGCCAAGUCGAACAAAUUAUAUAUUUGCGAUGUUAAAACUAGAGGUGUGCGCACGCUGCCGAACGCCGCUGCGUUUCGCCCUACUGAAGUACAACUCAUGCUAUAUCACCAUCUUCUGUCCGCUCUUGCCACAAAUACUGUCGAUUUUUCUGCAUUGGCAGCUCGCUAUAGGUUGGAUACAACCAAGAUCUUUUCGGAUACAUUCAUUGCUCAAGUAGGUAGCAUGAAUGAUGAUUCUCUCGAGGAGCAGGAUGAUUUGGCGCCCAAUUCUAGCCAAGAUUCUAUGAGUAUUCUCCUCGCCCACAAUAAUCUUAAUGCUCUCUGGUCACUUAUGAUUUCCGAAUUCCAGAUCACUCUCCCUAAUGGUGCCGGAUCAUUGGGAGGAGUAUUGAAGGCAGAGUAUCGAUCGCGGGAUGAUGGAGAAAUAGUUGGGAUUAAGACUAUUCCUAUGGAUAAUCAAGAAUUGAAUUCAUAUUUAGAGGAAGAAUUGCGUUGGUGGAAAGGAGAGAGAGAAGCGAAGGGUGUGAAAGUAGAGGAGGCAUUCAAAUGCAGAAGUUGCGAUUUUGCAGAAGGAUGUGAAUGGAGGUUAUACAAAGUUGAGGAGGCAACUGAGAAGGCUCGGUUGAAAAAGGGAAGGAAGCCCAGUGCUGUCUAG